CGACGACGACGAGACGACGACGGCGGCGAACACGACAGACCGACCUCGAUACCCUCCUUCACCUUCAUCUCCUGGGCACUACAGAACCCCAUCCAUCACACUCCCUCCUCCUCCUUCCCCCCAGUGCUCGAACGAUGCCAUUCACCCCGCUAGAAACACUAGCCGGCGGGGCAAUCCUGCACCUCUCCACGUCGUCCCUGCUGACGAGCACCGGCCGCGUCCUGGGCAUCAGCGGCAUCCUCGACGGGUCGCUGUUGGGGGAUAACGCCGCUUGGCGACAUGCCGUCGUGCUCGGCUUGUUUGUUGGCCCGUUGCUCAUCGCCGCGAGCGGGUUGGACUCGAUCACCGCCGUGCCCGGCUCGGGCGCGGCGCUGUGGGCUGAGCUUGGGCUGGUGCGGCUUGCGAUUGCUGGCCUGCUGGUCGGGUUUGGCAGCAGGCUCGGCUCAGGAUGUACCAGUGGCCACUUCCUCUGCGGCGCCUCGCGCCUCUCGCCACGCUCGCUGAUCGCGACGGCCGUCUUCUUCUCCACCGCGGUGGUGACUGCGCGCGUCCUCCCCGCGCCGAUCGGCGAGCCAGCGGGCGUGGACGCAAGCAAGCCGGUGUGGCCAGCGGCAUGGCACGUCCCGAUCCUGCUCGUGCUCGUGCUCGGCACGGCCGUGGCCAACAGGCGCGUGACGGCGCGUGUCCUCGCCGCAGGGGACCAUCCCGACGUCGUAGACGACUACAUCCCCGCGCUGGAUAACGACAAGGACGGCAACCGCGUCGUGCCCCCGCCCCCGCCGCCGAGCUACCCCCUCGGCGUGGGCUCCCGCACCACGCCGCACAGCUACACGGCGCUCCAGCUCGCGCCGUACCUCCUCACAGGGGUGACCUUCUCCCUCGGCCUGAUCCUCAGCGGCAUGGUGUCCCCGCUCAAGGUCAUCGGCUUCCUGCGCUUCCCGCCCCCGAUGGCAGGCUUCGACCCGUCGCUCGCGCUCGUGUUCCUCGGCGGCGUCGUGCCUAACGCGGUGCACUGGCGCGGCGUCGUCCCGGUGCCCACGCUGCCGUGGGAGAAGUGGCGUGUACCCAGCCGCACCGAUAUCGACUGGCGCCUGGUGCUCGGCAGUCUUUUGUUCGGCCUGGGCUGGGGGCUCGCGGGCGUGUGUCCCGGCCCUGCCGUCGUCGCAGGCGGCCAGCUCAGCUGGAACCUGCUGUCCAGCGUGGCCACCAAGGGCCCCGACGCAGUGUUCGGCGUCGACGGCCAGGCGUUGCUCGGCUGGGCGGCAUUCGCAGACCUCCUCGUGCUCGGCAUGGCCGCGGCCAAGGGGCUCGACAAGGCCAUCGUCGCCGCGGGACCGCACGUCCACCCCAAGAAGGACGACGACCGCGACGUCGACAAGAAGGUCGACCACUAG